AUGGAGUUCCAGAUCGCUCGCGCCAUUCUCAAGAGUCCCUUCUGGUCCGGCCCGCUCCUUCGCCUUUCCAUGCGCUAUGUGAGCGCCAUGGGCCACUACCAGUAUGGUCUCAAGACCGACGACCUUCUCAUCGCCGAGACCCCUCAGAUGACCGAGGCCCUCCGCCGUCUCGAUGACACGACCAUCUACGAGCGCAACUACCGCUUCAAGAACGCCCUCCAGCUCUCCCUCGAGCACAAGGUCCUUCCUGAGUACAUGUGGACCAACACCUUUGAGGAUGAAUCCUACCUUCUCAACAAGUGGGAGGCCGUCAACAACGAGGAGGCCGAGACCCAGGCCUACGACUACCCCAAGAGCAACCCCUUCUGGUAA